GUAGUCCGUCUUCCUCCCGACAGAUGGCGCGCGUGAGUCUCUGUCAUGAAUCACUGAGCAAGAGUGUAAACAUUGUUGCAUUCUGUUGCAAUUUUCGCCUCCUGUUGAGCUCCGAAGAUGUUUUCUGGCAUAUCCUCCAACAGUACACAAGACCACAACCGACCGGAAUUGUACGAGGAAGUGAAACUGUACACCAAUGCGAGAGAAAGAGAGAAGCAUGACAACCAUGCAGAAUUAUAUGCUGUCAUCAAUACUCUCCAGUGUUUAGAGAAGAUGUAUAUAAAGGAUGUGGUGCCACCCAAAGAAUACACAGCUUGGUGUAGUAAGCUUCUUGUGCAAUAUAAAGCUGCCUUCAAGCUGGUGCAGUGUGACGAUUACCCUACUGUUGAAGCCUUUGUAAAGAAGUAUAAGCUCGAUUGUCCGGCAGCCCUUGACCGAAUCCGCGAGGACAGACCAAUCACGAUCAAGGACGACAAGGGCAACACAAGCAAAUGUAUCGCUGACAUUGUUUCGCUCUUCAUCACUGUUAUGGACAAGCUUCGACUGGGGAUCAAUGCAAAUGACGAGCUGCAACCAGACCUCAAGGAUCUGAUGGAAAACAUGACUCGUCUCUCGGUUCUUCCUCAGGAUUUCGAAGGCAAGGCAAAGGUCAAGGAGUGGAUCGGCACUUUGGAGGGGAUGACAGCGGAUGAAACCCUCUCUGAAACACAAGUGCGGCAGAUGAUCUUCGACCUGGAGUCUGCGUAUAAUGCAUUCAACAGACUGCUGCAGCAUACAUAAUCUGGCUGUUGACUUUGCAUAGAUGUUAAGAGUUACCAUUGUAUAGGAAAUAUCCAAGUGGUUGUUAUAUUGCCAACAUCCCAGUGGGCUGUAUUUACACUGAAAAUUGACUGGAAUCCUCCUGUAGCUUUGCAGGUAGUUUUAGGGCGAGGUUACAAGUCCUUUUCCUUUUCUUCUCUCUCCCCCCCCCCCCUUUAUGUACAUAACUAUAUUUUUCCCUCUCCCACGGCCUUAGAUAUUGUAUAAGAAAAUCAUAAGAUGACUCAGUUAAUAUUGGCCGUUAUUGUAUUACAAGGACCCCUCCGUAGUUUUGUCUUAUUUCAUGGGUAUAGUGACAUUGUUUGCCAUUUCUUGUCUUUGUAUAGAUGCAUCACCAUUCCUCAUUGAGAGUUUUAGGUCAGAGCUUGUUCAUCUUUUUUUUUUUUUUUUAGCAAGGGAGAUUGUUGAGUUUCUAAGAUAGACGAGUCGGUGGAGAAGAAAAAAAGUUAUUUUGUUAGAAGAAACGAGUACGUAAGUGAUCCUAGAUUUCAAUUUACACUGUUAAUCGGAUUGAAGAUGUUAUGGAUUGCAUCAAUUAAUCUGUAAUUAACUUUUUUGGUAGAGUAGGUUGAAUCUGCUGCCCAUCUUUCUGGUUAUAAUUUGACGUGUUAAUUGUCUGUAUUUAUUCUCCUUACUGCGUGUUUCGGACUAGUCGCAGGUCUUCUAGAGAGCUUUCUAUAACCCCCCCCCCCUCUCUCCCCAAGUAGGAGUUCAGAGUAAACUUAUUUAUUUUUUACUUGGAAAAAUUAUUUGGAUUUAAAAAGUUCAAACUGAA